AUGCCGCCGAGGUGUGAUAAUAGGCGUAAUGCUGCAGGAGGAGACAACAAUGGCAAUGAUGUACCGCCAUACAUGCAGCAGUUGCUUCAGGGACAGGCUCAGUUGAUCCAGUUGCUUGUCCAGAACCAGAACAACAACAAUCCGCCGCCGCCGCCACCAGUGGAUAUGCUUACCAGGUUCUUGAGGUUGAAUCCUCAGAGGUUCUCCAGUUCCCCUGAACCUAUUGUGGCUGAUGAUUGGCUCCGUGCAGUUAAUAGGAACCUGGAGACGGUUGGAUGCACUGAUGCAGAGAGGGUGAGGUUUGCCUCACAUUUGUUGGAGGGUCCUGCUGCAGCUUGGUGGGACAACUACUUGGUCACUUAUCCCAUUGCUACUAUCACAUGGCCUCAGUUUCAGGAUGCUUUUCGUGCUGCACAUGUGUCUGCUGGUGCUAUGAGUCUGAAAAAGAAGGAGUUCCGCAGUUUGCACCUGGGAGGUCGCACAGUUAAUGCGUAUGUGGAGGAAUUUAAUAAUCUUGCACGUUAUGCUCCUAAUAAUGUUAACACUGAUGCAGCUAGGCAGGAGAAAUUCUUGGAGGGCCUUAAUGAUGAGUUGAGCCUUCAGUUGACAGUGGCCACUUUUAGGAAUUGUCAGGACCUGAUUGAUAAGGCUAUUGUGCUGGAGGGAAAGCAACAGGCCAUAGAGAAUCGCAAGAGGAAGUACAACAACAAUAACAGGUAUAAUUCAGGACCACAGCAGAAGCCACGCACUUCAUAUCAUGGUAAUGGAGGUAAUGGGCAUCAUAAUCAUCAUGGAGGUAAUGAUCAUAAUCAUCAUGGAGGGAAUGGCCACAACCAUAAUGGCCACCAUCAUCAUAAUGGGCACAAGAGUAACAAUGGCAAUGGCAGAGGUAAUGGUAAUGGUAAUAAUGCUAAUGGCAAUGGCAAUGGAGGGAACAAUAACCAGAACCACCAGGUUACACGUGCGCCAAGGGAUUUGAGUCAGGUGCAGUGCUUCAGGUGUAAGGCUAUGGGGCACUAUGCCACAGAUUGCCCAGGGGCGAAGAACUCAAGAUCCAGCAAGCCAAACCCCUUCCAAAAGGGUCAUGUAAAUCAUGUUAAUGUGGAGGAGGUUUACAAUGAACCUGAUGUAGUGAUUGGUAAGUUCUUGAUUAAUUCAGUACCUGCAGUUGUUCUUUUUGAUACUGGUGCAUCGCAUUCAUUCAUUUCGAGGGUAUUUGUUGAUAAACAUGGAUUGCCAACCAAAACACUUAGUAUGCCUAUUAGAGUGAGUUCCCCAGGAGCUGAGAUGAUAGCAGGUGUUGGUUGUCAUCAGUUGGCGUUGUCUAUUGGGAAGCAUGAGUUUCCUACAGAUUUGAUUAUAUUAAAGUCACAAGGUCUGGAUAUUAUUUUGGGUAUGGUUUGGUUGCAGUUAUAUAAAGGUCGUAUUGAUUGUGCUAGUCGGUCUAUCACUCUCAGUGCACCAGGAGGGAAGAGGAUCAAAUAUGUGUGUAAGUAUAAGCGUAAUCAGGUGCAAGUGAACUCUCUUAAGGGGGGUAGCCUGGAAGAGGUGCCAGUCGUGAGGGAUUAUCCAGAUGUGUUUCCAGAGGAGUUGCCAGGUAUGCCACCAGAUAGAGAUAUUGAGUUUCUUAUUGAUUUAAUACUAGGCACUGGACCUAUUGCAAAGAGACCGUAUAGAAUGCCUCCUCGAGAGUUGGAGGAAUUGAAGAAGCAGAUAAGAGAAUUGCAGGCACAAGGAUUUAUUUGCCCAAGUUCAUCACCUUGGGGAGCUCCAGUUUUGUUUGUGGAGAAGAAGGAUGGGACCUUGAGGAUGUGUGUUGAUUAUCGUUCUCUGAAUGAGGUACCCAUUAAGAAUAAGUAUCCUUUGCCUAUGAUAAAUGAUCUGUUUGACCAGUUGGAGGGAGCUAUUGUGUUUUCUAAGAUUGAUCUCCGUUCUGGUUAUCAUCAAUUGAAGAUUCGUGAGCAAGAUAUUCCAAAGACUGCUUUUACUACGAGGUAUGGGUUGUAUGAAUAUACUGUUAUGUCAUUUGGAUUGACUAACGCUCCUGCAUACUUCAUGAAUAUGAUGAACAAGGUGUUUAUGGAGUUCCUGGAUAAAUUUGUGGUUGUUUUCAUUGAUGAUAUAUUGGUAUUCUCCAAGAAUAAGCAAGAGCAUGAGGUGCAUCUGCGUUUGGUAUUGGAGAAACUGAGGGAACAUCAGUUGUAUGCCAAGUUCAGCAAAUGUGAGUUUUGGCUGGAUGAGGUAGCUUUCCUUGGACAUGUUGUGUCAGGUAAUGGAGUUGCAGUUGAUCCAUCUAAGGUUGCUGCAGUUACAGAGUGGGAGACACCCACGACAGUUGGAGAGAUUCGCAACUUUUUGGGCCUUGCAGGUUACUACAGGAGGUUUAUUGAGAACUUUUCUAAGAUUGCAAAGCCUAUGACUGAAUAGCUGAAGAAAGAAAAGAAAUUUGUUUGGACUGAUGAAUGUGAAGCCAGUUUUCAGGAGUUGAAGCAGCGUUUGGUUACAGCACUAGUCUUAACU